AUGACCAUCACCGAAUUCCAAGAGAAAGUCUAUACCCACCUCCUCCUGAUUCCCCCAGGCCGUGUAACAACAUACGCCUCUAUCGCCCGCUCCCUCAACUCUAGCCCCCGUGCCGUGGGUGGAGCGCUACGAAACAACCCGUAUGCCCCAGAAGUACCCUGCCAUCGUGUCAUUGCGAGCGACGGAUAUGUGGGUGGAUUCAAGGGUGAUUGGGAAAAGGCUCCUUCUGGAGUCAACCAGACUAUGAAACUGAAGCUGUUGAAGGACGAGGGGGUCCAGUUCACCGACGAGGGCAAAUUGGUCGUCAAGGGAGGCGACGAUGUAUGGUACGAUGGCCCGUGGGAUAUGCAGAGGGGAAGAGAGGCGUUGCAGAUGACCAUUGCGCAAAAGGACCGGACCCAAGUAUGA